UGUACCCUAUAUACAGGGUCAUGCAGGGUAUCCCAUCUCCUCAGUGGGUCCCAUCUCUCUCUCUCCUCCCUUAUAAGUCUUGUAUGUGUGCCCUUGGAAAGUGGUGGAACGAAGGGUUGCCUAAUUGAUGAUCCAGCAAUGAAGCUAUGAAGGUGCAUGCCAUCUCUCUCUCUUUUUCUCUCUCUAAAACCUAGUGCUGCUGCUUAUAGAUUUCUUUCUCUAUUCUGUGUCUAAACAAAAUUGCUCUUACCCCAAUUGAACCACUCUCUCUUUUGUGUCAAUAUUACUUUUAAAUUAUUUUAGUACCCUUAUUAAGUAAUAUUACUAAUGUUACAUAUAUUCAUGUCUAUCAAUUGUACUAAAAGAAUAUAAGUUUGUGACUGGUUUUGUUCGUCCGUACAAAUAACCUAGUCAUCAUUGAAAAUGAGUACUGAACCUCAGAAUUCAGAAGCUGAGAGUAGCUCAAACUCAAACUCAUCAUUUUUGUCAUCCUCACAUGGGUUAACUCAGUCACCACCAAACUCGGUCCCAAACUCAUCAAACCAAGCCAGGCCGCAAGAUGUAGAAGCCAAAACUAUGAUCAAGAGAAUCCGAGACACCAGCAAACACCCGGUGUACCGGGGCGUCCGGCGCCGGAAUUGGGGCAAAUGGGUGUCCGAAAUCCGUGAGCCGCGCAAGAAAUCCCGCAUAUGGCUCGGUACAUUCUCCACGCCGGAAAUGGCGGCUCGGGCUCACGACGUAGCCGCAUUAAGCAUCAAAGGUGACUCGGCGAUUCUCAAUUUUCCUGAACUCGCCGAGUCACUGCCCCGGCCGGCUUCUCGAUUGCCGCGCGACGUGCAAGCCGCGGCGGCUAAAGCAGCUGCAAUGGACAAGUUUGAUUUGCCUUCGUCGUUGUCGUCGUCGUCAUCAUCAUUGUCGUCAUUAGUUUCGGCUAUGGAGUCGUCAGCUUCCGAUGAAUUGAGUGAAAUUGUUGAGUUGCCGAGUCUGGGAACGAGUUUUGACUCACCCGAGUUGAAGGACGAUUUUGUGUAUGUUGACUCGGUUGAUGAGUGGCUCUAUCCUCCACCUUGGCUGCAGGGUGCUGAUGAUUGUGGGCUUUUUUCUUUUGAGUAUUUGUCGUGGAAUAAUCAGUAUUGAAUUUGUUUAUAUUAAUUUGCUUUUUUUUUUUUUUCCCCUCUAAUCAAAAGUUUACAUUUGUGAGGAGUGGAGAGGAAAUGUAAUCAAUUUCCUUUAAUCAAAGGUGUACAUUUGUCUUUGUUUGAAUAUCUAGCAUGGAUUCAUAUUAUGUCAAA